AUGGCCCACCGACGGCAUCAUACGCCAUUCGGGAUGAGAAAUAAUUGUACGGGCUUUUAUCCGGUGCUGGAUCAAAGUCAUAUCUUGCGUAAGUGGGCGGAUUAGCCUCAAUCAUUGUAGAGUAAUGGCAGUAAAUUUAUUACGUUUUGUAAUAAUUGUUCAAACUUUCUAGUCCCUUCAUUAUAUCUUUCCUUUCAGUGAUCCACGAAUGGAUUGGAUACUUGCUCAACGGCUUUGCCUUCUUCUUGAACCUCUUCCUAAUCUACCUUGUUAUUACUCGAUCCCAUAAAAUGAAAAACAUGCGUCCUCUUCUAUUGACGGGCGCUAUUGUUGAUGCAAACUACGCAUUAUUUAAUGGAAUACACAACACUGUAGGUUAAUCUGAUUCUUUGUUUAUUCAAGAGUCAAGUGAUACUAUACUGUCUAAACCUAUUUUCUUCAGUACUUUGUUAUCUCUCAUCAGAAUGUGAUCUUGAUCAUGAACUCAAUGUACACCUCAACUUAUGCAAUGACGACUUUAUUCCGAACUUUGGCUGGGUCAACUGUUGCCCUCAGUUGGUUAUGUGUUCCCUUCCAAGUCAGCUAUCGGCAUUAUUUAAUUCGAAGGUAGGGUUUUCAUUUUCUUAGAUAUUUCGAUCACUUAGAUGAUGGCUGGUAUCAUUUUGCUCAGUAAAGAUCUUGUUUUUAGCGGUUCUCCUCCUCCGGCCAGCUUCCUCAUUAUCCAUGCAGUCAUCAUUGGAGGUCUCAGUCUCAUCGGUUCUUCCCUUAUUUAUGCCGUCUAUCAGCCUUUAUAUAUAUCUUUUCUUUGCGAAAUGCGCGAAGCCAUUGGUUCAUUGGGUCUGGAAUUGACAGACACAAGGCUAUCUGCAGGGAAAUACGUAAGUAACCGCGGCAUCAAUGAAAAACUGCCAACAUUCAAGCGAAAAGUUUGGAAAUGUUGAAUAUUAUAAAUACGUAAAAUAGGCUGAAAAAAUGAAAUUUAUUUUUGAACGUUUUAGAAAAAAUGAAUAUGCAAAUUAAAAAAGUUGCGUAAAUAAGAAAUGUAAUUUUUUCAAUAGUUCUGCAAUUUUUAGGAAUUCACUCAAUUUUUUCAAUCAAAAACUAAAAGUAUACAUGUCAUGUAUGGAUAUUUCAGGACACAGAAGUCUUGCAAUAUUAUCUUGUCUUCUUCACCGGCAUCUCCGUUGGAUCCAUUCUGAUCGUCUUUGCGAUAGAAAAGAGAGUCCGGCAAUACUUACAUCUGAAGGAGAAAAUAAUGAGCAAAAGAACAAGACGAAUGCACUCCGAACUCAACAAGGCCCUGUUCUUUAUGGUAUGCGUGUCUUUACACUUUUUUUAAAGACCGAACUAACUUUUCAUAAUGAAGUAAUUAGAUUGUAGCAUUUCAAUGUUUUUGAGUUUUGAGAGUCCAAAAACACUGAAAUUUGAAAUGUUUUAAAUGAAUCAUAGUAAAAUAGUCAUCAUUUUGUUGUAAAAUUGUUGUUUAUUACACAAAGACAAUGGAACACACAGUAGUGUCAAGUGAUGUGCUAAUUGACAACAUUAAACCUUUCAGAAACACUUCAUUUUUUUCAUUUUCAGGCCCUUUCCCCGAUCAUAUCCAAUGUUUCGCAGACCCUGUACGUGUCCACGGCCGUAUAUCUCAACUUUGACAAUCGAAUCCUCGACUGUAUCUCAUCGUUACUCGCGGUAACGGGCCCUCUAAUCAACGGUUUUACCACUAUUUAUUUCGUCCAUCCUUAUCGCAACUUCUUCCUGGGCGUUCUCUCCAGUAAUUUCGAAGAUUCCACCAAAAACGAGCUGGUUAUUUCCGAGGAUUCUUUUACAAAAUCCUCCAGAGCUGGCAAUAAUAUGGUUUCGUUGUAA